CAAAAGCCCGUGUGAGACCGACACAUCUCCCGCUUGUCUCUCUCCUCUCCUCUCCUCUCCUCUUACGCCGUGUGUUGCUAUCUUCUCUCUUUAUUACACGCAGAUCUAGGCAUUCCUCAAAUUUCAGACAUCACUCGUUUCCUUUCACUCUCUAUCUCGGCUUUUAUUUUUUUUAUGGACCGGAACAGAACAGAAAGCCCCGUUUACGCGCGCCAAUGGAGCAACGAAUCCAGCGCCGCCGGCUCUGGCCCCUCUUCUCCGGUGACAAUGUCUCCUGGACGUCACCACCACUCGCGCUCCUCUUCCGCUAGUGGACUUUCCACCAUCAAGAGAAACCAGAAUUUCGCUGCCAAAGCAGCUGCUCAGCGCUUGGCUCAGGUCAUGGCCUCUCAAACCACAGACGAUGACGAGGAAGAUGAUGACGAUCUAGGGUUUAGAUAUAGUGCACCUCCUCCUCUUUCAUUUUCCAGGAAUGUUAACUCUACUGCUGCUACUACUACUACUACUACUACUAAACCUGCGCUUCCGUCUAGCAGGAUCACUAGAUCUCCUUCCCCUGCCUUGGCUCGGAACGUGGCGGAGGAAACUCCAUCGGCUCGUUCAACAUCGGCCGGAAGGUCCUCAAUGUCCCUUCGAACAGCACCGCCAGUGCCACCCAGUAAAGGAUCGGUGAGGACUGCAGUUUCUCUACCACCAAUGGAGCCGUCCAGAAAUGGACAGAGAGACGGUAAAAGAUUCUUAUCGGAUAUGGGACACUCUAACUCUAAAGAUACAGGAGGUCAGCGCGAGGCGUCUGCUCUUCGCGAUGAACUUGAUAUGCUCCAAGAAGAGAAUGAGAAUAUCCUUGAGAAGCUCAGGCUUGAGGAAGAGAGGUGCAAGGAAGCAGAGGCCAGAGUUAGAGAGCUUGAGAAGCAGGUUGCUUCUCUUGGCGAAGGAGUAUCUUUGGAAGCGAAAUUGUUGAGCAGAAAGGAAGCCGCAUUGCGACAAAGAGAGGCUGCACUCAAGGAUGCAAAACAAAACAAUAUGGUGGAUAAGGAAGUUGCCUCUAUUAGAUCUGAAGUGGAGAAUGCAAAAGAGGAGGCUACUGCCGCUGUCCAACAGCUUCAUGGAGCUGAAUCUGAAGUGAGAGCCCUUCGCUCAAUGACACAAAGGAUGAUUUUGACUCAGAAAGAAAUGGAAGAAGUUGUUCUUAAGAGGUGUUGGCUUGCUCGCUACUGGGGCUUAGCUGCAAAAUAUGGUAUCUGUGCAGAUGUUGCUGUGUCAAAGCAUGAAUACUGGUCAUCCUUAGCACCUCUUCCAUUUGAGAUUGUUGUUUCUGCUGGACAAAAGGCAAAAGAGGAAUGUUGGGAAAAAGGUGAUAAUGACAAUGAAAAGAGAAGUAAACUUGCUGAUGACCUGAGCGAUCUAACUGGAGAAGGAAACAUUGAGAGUAUGCUUUCAGUUGAAAUGGGCUUGAAAGAGCUUGCUUCUUUGAAGGUCGAGGAUGCAAUUGUGCUUGCAUUGGCUCAACAAAGGCGUGCAAGUUCUGCUCGGCUAUCCAUCUCAGACAUCAAAUCACCAGGUGAUCCAAAAUAUAUGGAGGCAGUUGAAUUGUGUCCUGAGGAGUCUGAAGAUGUUCUUUUCAAGGAGGCGUGGCUUGCAUAUUUUUGGAGGAGAGCCAAAGACAACGGUAUAGAGGACGACAUUGCAAAAGAACGGCUUCAAUUUUGGAUCAACCGCCGGGGACACUCACCAAGUUCACAUGAUGCUGUUGAUGUUGAGCAAGGCCUGAUGGAGCUCAGGAAGCUAGGGAUAGAGCAUCGACUGUGGGAAGCUUCUCGCAAUGAAAUUGAUCAGGACCCUUCCACUAAAGUAACAAGGAAAUAAGCUUCACAAUUCAAGAGCUCUGCUUGAUGGGAAACGUCCGUGUGUGUUUUUAUUUUUUAUUUUUUUAUUUUGGUGUGUGUAUUUACUUGUGUUUGUUGGAACACAUCUUAAUCAUUGAAGUGAUACAUGAGUCAUGACCACCGGUUCUUUAUUUUCCACAAAACUACUAACCAUUGACACGUUAGAAAAGUAGGUUCCUCUCAGUCGCAGACAAAAGAGGCGUUGAGAUCCAAGGGGGACGGACAAAUCUCUUGUAGAGAAAUCAAUGAUGGAAGAUGUCUAGACUGCUAUUUCAUUCUUCUGUUUUUCUA